AUGGCCGGGCUGGGAGGCGCUGUGUGUCGGGGUUGGAAGACGCUGUGUGUCGUUGUGUCCCCCGGCUGGGAGGCGCUGUGUGUCCUGCACCCUGCGCCGGGAUCGCUCCCGGGCCGCUCUGCGCCGGCCGGGCCGGGCCGGGGGCGGGCGCUAAUUGGGCGUGUUUUGCUUUCUCCGGGACUUUCACAGCAUGGCCCGGGGAGGAGGCGGUGGGACGGGACUCCAGGGCGGAGCUGGGGCACCGGGCGCCUCUCCCUGGCAGUGCGGGGCGCGGAGGCAGCUGCGCAAGGCCCGGCCUCGGCGCCGAUCGAGGCGAUGGCCACGCUGAAGCUGCUGAUGGUUGGGGACAGCGCGGUGGGGAAGUCCAGUCUCUUGCUGAGAUUCACCGAUGACACGUUUGAGCCGCACUUGAACCCCACGAUAGGUGUUGAUUUUAAAGUUAAGAAAAUGAUGGUUGAUGGCAAUCCAGUGCAACUUGCAAUAUGGGAUACAGCGGGACAGGAACGGUUUAGAACACUGACUCCCAGUUAUUACCGAGGAGCUCAAGCUGUUAUUUUAGUGUAUGAUGUCACGAGAAAAGACACUUUCACAAAACUAAUGACCUGGCUGAACGAGCUGGAGACGUAUGCUACGCGGAGCAACAUUGUAAAAAUGUUAGUUGGCAAUAAAAUUGACAAGCCAGAUCGUGAGAUAAACAAAACAGAGGGACUCCAGUUUGCUAGGAAACACUCAAUGCUCUUUAUAGAGACCAGUGCUAAAACACGGGAUGGAGUACAAUGUGCCUUUGAGGAAGUGGUCAUAAAGAUCUUACAGACUCCAGGACUUUGGGAUACAGACAAACAAAAGUGCGGAGUCCAGUUGGAGACUGCAGCACACACAGAGGAAGACUUUUGUGGUGGAUACUGUACACUUACUUAAAUUCACAGAUGCCUGUUCCAUCCGACCAGCUGGACUUUCAGGCAUGUUGCUAAGGGCUUCCAAAGACACAAACCAACUUCCAUUCUGGACACAUGUGAUUUAUGCUAUGGGACCAACUCAGAUGGGUUAGCUGCAUACAUUUAUGAGUUCGUUUCAACACACCUGCCGGGUUUUAAAAUAAUAGAUUUGAUGGUUACUAUAUUGUCAAAAAUGGAAUGGAUAUUUAUUUGCAUGAAUCAUGGUGCCUCUUGCUCCGACAUUCUUUGCUCAAAAACAGUUGUUACGCUUUUGUACUCUUCUUCCCUCUUAUCUUCCCCUGUGUGUAACAUACAAUUUGAUACUGAAAUUUUCAACUUGCACUAAAAUAAGACUAUAGUGUCAGAUAGCAGCAGAGUGUUAGUCGUCAGAGGGCUAAUACUGGAGCCAAGCUGUCCAACCCACAGUCUUUACUGAAAAGCUUUCAAUCGCUACAGUAAGCGUGCAAGGUCCUCAGGCAGCCACGUUCCCUUGAAGUGUUGAAAAGACACUUCCCAUGCUACAAUCUGGGAUAAUCACUGAUUCUGCCUCCCUGGUUCAGGUACUUUUAUGUGCUGGGACUUCCUCCGAGACCUUUUCCACUGGGCUUAUCCAGAACAUUUCAUCCAGUUCUCUCGGAUCCAAAAACUCAGUUCAACUCCAGCUCAUCAUUCAGGUUAUUUCAUUAGGCAUGGAACAGUUCUAUGCCCACACUAGCCAGGCCUAGACGCCAGUGGUUUAGAUACAGGGUGACAUCACAAUUGCAAAUCAUAUCACACACUACACAUUUUUCUAGCUCCUAACAGCUAUACUUUUUAAAUGUAAUUGGUUUGGACAUCAUACGGAUCAAGUAAGGACCAGUUGCUUUGCUGAUUGUGUAGGGCCCAAUCACUUAUGUCCUCACCUUAGCUACAUUUUAAGCUUAUCAGUUCAAAGUAUUCCCACUUACCUCAGCUCGUCCCAAAACACUGUCUCCAGAAGUCAGCCUGUCAUACCCUUGUUUUACAAUUUAACCUUGCACUCAAAUUGAGCUAUAUGUAAGUUUACUCAUGACCAGCAAGAUCUAGGCCUACACUAUGUAGUAUAUGUUGCUGCUAACCAUUCCCAAGUCGGAUGUAAUCUAGCUGCCUAUCCAAAAUACUCUGGGUGAGGACAGUCAUCAUUUCAGUGUCAUACUCUUGAAGAGGUAGCCUUUUUCCAUUAACUUCUCCUUUGCAAACCCAGGAGUUUACAUGCAGCUCUGUGUAGAUUUAUGCCUCACUGUUUCUUACAUAAUUUCUACCACCAGCUAGGAUCAGUGACUAUUAAAACUGUAUUGGUUUAGGCUCUAAUUCCACAAGCCACUUCUACAGUGCAGAUCCCCACUGCAAUUAACAAGGCUGUGUGUGGGCCCAGUGGUCUGCCUGGGUGGAGUACCUUACAGGAUCAGGAAUGUAGUCAAGUCUCCCUUCAAACUGUAAAUGUGAUCAAUACAAAAUCUGGUUUAAAGCUAUGUGACAGCAAGUGAGGUUCUACAGGAUUUUCCACUGAAAAUGAGAUCCUUCUGUCCAUUUUCUUACAAUUUCCAUAGUGGAGUUCUGGUAAUUAGUUGCCACUUACCUUUAUUAUUUCCCAUUACACUGAAUCAUUUCUCUUCAUAUAAGAGUUUGAGUUAUGGACGCAGCUGUGGCUCUUCUAAAAACUUUGAAAUUGCUGGGCCAGAUUCUGACCCCAGGUAUGUUGCCUUCUAUAGAAUUACUGCCAGGUUUCACUAGCAACUGAGACAAGAACCUGGCUGGUGGUUUUAACAGCCAAGCUCAGCCAGCAGAAGAGAUCACUGUGACAGCAAUAAAUAAGUUAGAUGCAGCAGGUUUUGCAAGAAGGUCCUCAUGAUUUGGGCUGAUUUACAGAGGACCACGUGCACUGUGAGAACUCUCUUUUUAUGGUUCUCUUUAGCUAAGCUACAAAUGAAUAUCCAAAGGCUUCAUGCUAGUUAUGGUGUUUAAAUUAGUCUCAAAAGUCUCUUAUCCUGCUCUACCUAGCAUGUGAGUGGAAGAGGGUGACCACUAGCGUGACACUUAGGAAAGUUAAGACAAAUCAAUUAAAGUAGUGAAGUCAGCAUGCCUGAAUUAAAACACAUUCCAUCCCUGUGUGGAUGCUCUCAUUCAGAAGUAAAGUUGCUUUAGUUCAUUGUAGCUUAUUUCUCCUUGUCCCAUGCAGACAAGCCCUAACAUUCAUCCCUUGAAUAACAUAAAGGUCCGAAGCUUCUGUUGAAUGAAUAAGAAGAGAACAAAAGGGCAUUUAAGGGUGAGAGUAGGUGGCGGGGGAUUGGCUGGGAUCAGGAGGAAAUCUGAAUUCAUGGAAUCAGAAAUAGAAGAGACUGAGAAGGGCAUCUUAGAGUUGCAGCUAUAAUACUUACCAUAGAAUCAUAUCAGGGUUGGAAGGGACCUCAGGGGGUCAUCUAGUCUGACCCCCUGCUCAAAGCAGGACCAUUCCCCAAUUUUUGCCCCAGAUCCCUAAAUGGCCCCCUCAAGGAUUGAGCUCACAACCCUGGGUUUAGCAGGCCAAUGCUGAAACCACUGAGCUAUCCCUCCCCCCAACAUUAUACUUAAGGUUGGCUUACCUUUCAGCCCUUAAAAAUUACAGGCAGUGUUCCCUAUGUGCAUAGCUGUUUCUGAAGCUGUUUCUGAACUCCUAUCACAAGUUCCAGAACUGCAGUGUGACCAUGGGUGAGAGAGCAUGUGUAUGCACGCAGCACGUGUACAGUCAUUGCUGCGUGCAGCUGCUUCCAUUCUGUGACUGUCCUGCUGCCAUGCCUAGAUACUAUGCUAACUGGUGCUAUGUGAAUACCAUAGAGUCAGUAACUGGAGUCUACCACCCUCUCAGUAGGAGUUUGCUACUCAUCAGCUACUGGACUAAAUGUAACAAACUGCCUCUCCUACCGUACAAACCAGUAAUAUGCCCCAGCCUCCUUGUCUGUAAUACUGAACGUCAUUUCACAGUAUUUGUAUCUUCUCUCUACAUCUGUCAGCAUGGGCUCCAAGCUCUGUAGUAGCUAUAUGGACGUAAACUAUUUAAUGAUUCCUAAAAUAUGCUGUUGCUUUAAAAUAAUGGCUGUUUAAUAGCUCCCUCCUGUUGUAGUCUACUUUUGCACUUUAAAUUAAUUGUACUGGCAAGAUCCUGCUACUCCACCCCCCACAUAUGGGUAAGUAGUAUCAAUAACUAAGCAGUGUGUAGGUCUCUAGCUACGCACUCUCAUUAUUACUAAUUAGAAUUAGACCACCCACAUGCAGACAUUUAAGAAUGUACCCUGCCAUGAAAAAUGCACACCUUUAUGUGCAUGGAAUAUUACUGUAAUAGAAAAUAGUUUAAUUGGUCUUUUUAAUACAGUAUUUUUAGAGUUUCAAAUGGACACUCAUAUCAAACAUGACCCCAUCUUAGGUUUGAUAAAAUUAAACUUUUAAAAAACUGAAACAUCAUAGAAAUGUCUCCAUGAAUGUUAUGCAUUCCAGUGGAAACGGCUUAGUUAAAAAAAAAAAAGUUGUUUGCUUUUCAACUAUUUUAUCUUUGAAGUAGUGCAAGAAAACCUAAAAAUGAAAUUGUCUAGAAGCCAACUAUAAAGAAAAACAAAAGUCUUCAAGAUGAGAGUUGCAAACAGUGCCCAAACAGCAUAAACAGGAAACAUCAGAUAAUUAAAACUGGAAGAAUUUUAAAAUUCAAACUGUUGUAUGUAACAUCUGAAGAAAAUAAUAAUAAAAAUCCCCUACUGAGUCUCACUAUUAAAGACCACUGUCAAGUUAGAAAUAAUUAUUGAAUUUUAACUUUUAGUGUAUAAUAAAGCAUUUGAUGGUAAUACCUAUCAAGUCCAUAAAAAUAAAUCACACGUUUUCUUUCUUAA